GUCUGCCGCCCUUUUAAGCGGCGUGGGCCCCGCCCCCCUCGGCACUGGAAGAUGGAGGAAACGAAAACGGAGCCCGGGCAGCCCGACGCGGCGGCCGACGCGACGGCUUGCGACUGGUCCCGUGUCGGGUACCGCUGGGGCCUCCUCUUCCUCGUCAUGGGAGGGGGCUUCUUCGUGGGCGCGACGCUGCUGGCGACGGGCGCGCGACGGGCGGCGAGCAACGGCGACGGCAGGCGCGGGCCGAGUUACGACGACGCGACGUGCGACCUGCUGUCCGUCGACGCGCAAAAGACGCAGACGUCGCGGGGCUGCUACGACGUCUUCCGCUACGCGUUCCGCGGGACCGGCGAAGCGACGCGACACUUCGACGCCGCGUCGGUGUUGAACUGCACGGCUUCGACGUGCGACGAGUGCGCCACGAAUACGCGGUCGCCCGUCGCGGGCCGCGUCGGCGACGUCGUGCCCUGUUUCCGCCAGAAAGGCGCGCCGCACGACUGCGAAGACUGCUUCGCGCUGGUCGCGCGGCCGGACCCGAUCUGGCUCGAGGCGCGCUACCGGCCCUGGACCCAAUUUGCGGUCGCGGGCGGCGCGCUGCUCGUCGUGUCCGUCUCGGCCGCCUGCCUGUUGGCGUGCGCGCAAUGCUUGGUGCGGGGAUCGCUCUUCCCCGUCACGCGCGGCGGGCCCUUCUGGCCUCACUUAGAGGACGACGAGGCCCUGUACCUCGUGCGGUGCCUGUCGGCGCCGGUCGACGCGGCUGCGUACCAGCGCUUCUACGUCUUCUUUGUCGUGGCGGGCGGGCUGCUCGUCGGCGCGUCACUCGCGAAAUUGCGCCGGGGCCCGUCGCUGGCGGUCUUCGGAGGGCUCGCACUGAUGACCGCCGCGGCGCUGCGGCUCGCGGUCGCGAGCGGCGCGCGCCGGCCGGGCAAGGACGAGGGGAAAGUGGCCGCGGCGGACCAGUGGCGGCACCAUGGCUUCGACGGCGGCGCGUAACAAUUUAACACAAG